AUGGCUGUGGAGAUAGUGUAUGCUGAUUUAAACCUUGCUGGGGCCAGGCUAUCACCUUCAUCUAAAGCUCACAGGAAUCUUCAAGAAUCCCCGCAGUGCCCGCGCUGGCAUGGGGUCGUUCUGAAGGUCGGGUGCGCCGCGGUCAUCGUCCUGCUGGUGAUGGUAGCAGUGCUGAGUGCUUGGGUUUUUCAGGGCUUCUCUAAUAAAGCAGUGGAAGGACCAGCCUCGAAGAGCGACAGUGUCACUCAGAGAACCAGAAGUGGAGGAGAAUGCAACGCCAGCCUGGAGGACUUGUUUUCUCGUCUGAAGCAGAGUCUGUGUGAUCCGGCCCAGAUAAAUUCAACAGGUGGCUCCGGGUGCAAACUCUGCCCCGGGGACUGGCUGCUGCACGGGGACAAGUGCUACUGGCUGUCUAAGGAGACUGGCACUUGGAACAAGAGCCACGACGACUGUUCAAGGAAGGGAUCUCAAAUGCUGGUGAUCCAGGACCGGGAACAGAUGAAUGACCUGCCGCCUGUUAUACAAGCUGAGAAUGCUGUUUGGAUUGGAUUAACAUUCAACUCUACACAGAAGAAGUGGACCUGGGUGGACGGUGCCCCUGUCCAUGGAAAACUGGUCCCAGGAUUACGUCAGGGUGCAAAGAGCGGCUGUGGACUGUUAAAAAAGACUAAGAUUGAUUAUGACAUCUGCAGCAGUGAAUUAAAAUGGCUCUGCCAGAAAGCAGCUUUCCCGCUAUAGAAAGCGGCACGACCGAUCAGGACAGUAAAAGGCCUUCGGUCUCUGAAACAUCUACAGUAUUUUCAGCUUUACUUAUAAAUGUCAUGUCAGAAUCUGGGGCCAGAGCCCCUGCUGGCGGGAAUUAGCCAGAGCUCCACCGGAGACACGGGGGCCAGACCCGCAGCUGAUGGACAUCUGUGCAUUUGACAUCAACCGUCAAUGGUUUUAUUGUCCACUAAAGAAAAGCAAAUCCACGCGCUGGGCCCUAAUUGCCAGAAGUUUUCCCCACUCCAGCCCCCCAGGAAUAAAGAGGACACACCCUCCCCCCAGGGCUGGCAAAGCCGGGGAGCUGGUGCCCCUGCAAUGGAAAUAUUGCCACCUUGCACAACUGGCACACAGCUUCGGGGGGGG